AUGAAAGAGUCAGAGCCAUCAACUUCCACUUCCCACGCUGGUAAAGAAUUUUCAGCUAGCAAAGGAUGGCUAACCGGGUUUUUAAAAAGAAAUGCACUUCAUAAUAUCAAGAUUACAGAGAAGGCUGCAUCAGCAGAUAAAGGAGCAGAAAAAAAAUUUCCACAGGAGCGAGCGAAAAUUAGUGAAGAUGGGGGCUAUUGUGCCGAUCAAUUAGAACAUCCAAAUGUUCAAGUAGUAUUUCUUCUGCCCAAUAAAACAAGCCUUAUUCAGCCAUUAGAUCAAGGCAUAAUUGCAACUUUUAAAAAAUAUUACAUUAAGCGAACUUACCAAUUCAUCUUGAGUAAACUAGAAAAUGAGUCCUUAACAGUGAAAGACGUGUGGAAGCAAUUUCCUAUUUUUGAUUGUUUGAUUAAUGUUGCAUCUGCUUCCGCUGAAAUAAGACCAACAACUUUAAAUGCCUGUUGGAAAAAGGUUUGGCCAGCAUGUGAAACAAGCAAUACAACCAUUCAAACAUCAAUACUAUCAGAUAAAAUAAUUACUUUGGCACAUGAAAUUGGCAAAGAUGGUUUUAAUACCUUCAGCCAUGAUGAUAUAGAUGAAUUGCUUGUGAAUGAUGCCUUAAGUGACAAUGAUAUUAUUGAUCUAACAUUAAAUGUCAUUGUAGGUCUAGAAGGUGAUAAUGAUGAGGGAAAAAAACAAACCCCCCUCACUGCAAAAUUAAUUGGACAAAAACUUGAACUUUGCAGUAAAUUAGAAAAUCAUUUUCUUAUUAAUGACCCCAAUUCUGAACGAGCCUUUAAAUUACAACAAGAGCUGCAGAACUGCAUGUCUGAAUAUCGUGAGCUACAUAAAAAAUUAGUAGAAUCAUCAUCACAAAGUUUAAUUACUGAUUACAUUGUCAGAAAAGAAAGAGCUACACAGAACGAGAAUAAAAAGACAGUCUCUUCUGAUGAUGAAAGUGAUUUGGAACCACUUCGCAAACGGUGCAAACCAUUAUCAGAUAGCGAUAAUGAUUAA